AUGACGACGACAUGGGCCGAUAUUCAGCGCUUAGCUGCGGACUUGCAACGUGUCCAGUUAUCCGAAGGAGCCAAAAAAUUAUCGGAAAAGAAUUGCAUCGAAGUGGUGUCGAUGUUGAUAGCGUCAAAAGCAAUCGAUAUCGUCUUCACAAGUGACGGAAACGCUUACCUCACCAGAAAACAUCUGAUCACUGAAAUUAAAAAUGAAUGUAUUGGACGAGGUGGUCGUGUUUCAUUAUCGGAUUUGGCGCAGACACUUGUCGUUGACUAUGAGCACGUGGAAAAUUCGGUUCUUUCGAUCGUCAAGCAGUCAACUUCAUUCGUGCUCUGUAAUGCUGAACUCAUUUCGAGCAGUAAACAUUGUGUGUGUUGGUCACAAUUGCUAACAAUUAAACAUAUCACCGAUUUAAGAGAUUACAUAGAUUCGUUAUGCAAAGAGCUGAAUGAACGACUCGCAGAGACCGGAGCUUUGUCAGUUUCGCAGCUGGCCAAAAAUUGGGAUCUACCAAGUGAGAUUUUGUACACAUUGGUGCUCACUGAAAUUGGUAAUAAAAUCGAUGCGAUGCGAGAAGGUGAUACAAUUUACACACGGGCUUACGUUCAUUCACAACUGAAUUACAUCAGAGCCAUACUCAACUCCUUGACAAAGGUUACGCCAGUCUCAAAGUUAAGUGCGCAACUGAAUUUAUCACCGUCAUUGUUCUGGUCACUCUACGAUGAGCUGGCCGCUGCGAAUGAAGUACGUUUUUGUGCUGAUGUUAUACCAGGUACUGUUAUCGGCAAUCGCUCAUCAAAUUUAGCCUACUACGUGCCAAAUCUUCACUCGAUGCUAGUCAAGUCAUUUGUUUUGAAGUCGUUCGAACAAAAUCAAUCAAUUGGUGAGUUUCUGGCCAUCUUUGUUAUUACUGUUAUCAUGUUGGGCAUAUCUGUCAAAUCGCUCUGUCGGAAUUGA